GUACGGUACUAGUAUAUAUGGCAUGUAUGGUCUAGCGCCUGGCGCCCUACCUACAUAUUAGCAUAGAAUAGUAGAGAGGACUAAUCGGUACAUGCAUGCUUUACUCGUCGUCGUCGCCCUCCUCUCCUCCUCAUCCUCCACCUCCUAUGCCCAAGUACUGCAAAUGCCCAUCGACCGGCCAGCCCACUUUUUAAGUGAGUACGUGACCCCGGCCGCCGCCCGACGGCGCGCCGAGGAAUCGAGGCUGGAUGGGCUUCUGGCAUCUCUUCUGGCGUCGGCGUCGGCGUGGUCUCAGACACAGACUCACUCACGGACUCACGGUCAUGGCCAUGUGUGCCCAAUAGUAAGCGAGCAAUCCGUAUCGAGAGGCAAUGAUCUGCACCGGGGUCCUGGGGAGGGCAUGGGCAUGGGCGUGGGCAUGGGCAUGGGCACUGGGCACUGGGCGGAGAGAAGGACGGAUGCAACUGACAUGUUGUUUCCGUAGCAAUCACUCGGUUGGUUGGUCGACGGUUGUUUCAAUUUCUUUCGAAAUCCGACGGGUGG